UGGAGAUUCUGAAUGAUAUCUGGUGGGGAUCUCUCAUCUUUCCAAACUGUCCAAAUCUUUGGAUAUCUCUCUUCAUUUUCCAUCUCAUGAUCUUCAAAAUCAGCCACAGCCCUCCUCAUAUAUACCAUUUGCUUUAUCCUCCUUCGCAUGCUCCUUCUCUUUCAACCUUAAUACUCUUACCUCAUCGACCGAUUAUUCCCGUCCCCGUUUCUGGGCUUCUCGUACACAACCACAUUGCUCGUGUUCGGAAGACGUAGGCGACAAUGAGUGGAAUAGUCACUGAGACUCAGUUCCAUGUACUAGCGGUCGAUGACAGCAUCAUCGACAGAAAGCUGAUCGAGAGACUUCUCAAGACUUCUUCUUAUCAAGUUACUGCUGUGGAUUCUGGAGUGAAGGCUCUAGAGUAUUUAGGGUUGCUGGAUGAUGAAGACACAAGCACAGAUUCAACUCCUGUUUCCACCACCAAGAAUCAUCAUGAAGUGGAAGUAAACCUGAUCAUCACAGAUUACUGCAUGCCCGGGAUAACCGGCUACGAUCUUCUUAGAAAGAUCAAGGAAUCAACAUUGUUAAAGGACAUCCCGGUUGUGAUAAUGUCAUCUGAGAAUGUUCCAUCAAGAAUAAACAGCUGUUUGGAGCAAGGAGCAGAAGAGUUCUUCCUUAAACCAGUUCGACAAUCCGAUGUUAACAAACUUAGGCCACAUUUGAUGAGAAAGUCAGGAAAGAGGAAAGAAGAUCAUCAGCCUAACAAGAGAAAGCCAAUGGAAGAAUGCAUGUCUCCUGACAGGACAAGAGCCAGAUACAAUGAUGACUUGGAAUUAUAGUCCUACCAGAAAAUAAUAAAUACAUGUAAUAU